AUGGUCUCUCUGUCCUCCGAGCAACGCGACCAUUUCCUCCAGCACGGGUGGGUCAAGAUCCCCAAGGCCGUGAAGGAGGAGUACCUCAAGGCCUUCACGGACAAUGUCUGGGUAAGACUGGGAUACGAUCCGGAUGAUAAGACGAGUUGGACGAAGGAGAAGAUCCACAUGCCACGGCAUCGCGAGGUGCCCACCAAGGAGUUCAUGCCGGCCGCAUGGGACGCGAUGUGCAAGUCAUGUUCAUUCGUACCUCUCGAGAAAUGGAAUAGUAGGGUUUACAUGAAGGUGAUCUUGCCAAAAGAUCUUGGAAACUGGCACAUAGACGGAGAUUGGUUCACGCACUUCCUUGACUCAGGAGAGCAAGGCUUGACGAUGAUCGUGCUCUUCAACAAUAUUAUGCCCAGGGGCGGCGGGACGUAUGUUUCCCCGGACGGCAUCGCCAACGUAGUGCAGUGGGGCGUCCAGUUGUACGAUCACCCCGAAGGUGCUUCCGAGAUGCCUCAAGAUCCAGACGGAAGCAGAUCCAUUUGCUCGGUGCAGACGUGCAAGGAGUUCGUCGAGCUCACUGGAGAAGCAGGAGACGUGAUCCUCCUCCAUCCUUUCAUGCCGCAUUCUGCUUCCAAGAACCAUCUACGCCUGCCAAGGUUCAUAACGAACCCGCCCGUCACCCUCAAGGAACCUCUGAACCUCAACCGUCCCAACGCUGAGGAUUAUUCUCUCGUCGAGCUCAAGAUCCUGCGCACCCUCGGUGUGGACGCACUACCCGACUGGCACAUCGCGGGCCCACGCCGGAGGUUCACGCCGAAGACACGGGCAGGGAAAGACGCGAUGAUCAUGGAGGAGGUCAAGAGGAUGAAAGCGUAUGCGUCCAAAACUGGAGGCGUGGUGGACAGCAUGCACAUCAAUGGACCCGCUGCUGACGACAUACCCGCAGAUGAAGACGAGGAGUUCUGGCGCGUGUGCACUGUUCUCGACUGGAGGCCUGGGCACCGUGGUCCUCGCAAGAUUCAGGAGGCCGCCAAUUUGUACAGACACGAUUCGCAUCCGUAUGCCCAUCUAGUCCGUGCAGGCUGA